GCGGCCCUCCACAACCUGGGGUAUCAGGCCGCGCCGCUCGGGGUCGGCGAGGCGCAGAAGCGGGUGCUGGACCUGGAGAAGAGCCUGCAGUUCCUGCAGCAGCAGCACUCGGAGACGCUAGUCAAACUCCACGAGGAGAUUGAUCACCUGAAGCGGGAGAACAAGGAGCUCCAUUACAAGCUCAUAAUGAACCAGAAGUCAAUUAAGAGAGGUAGCAUCAACAAUUCCAACUUUCAGGCCGUCAAGCCCAUUCCAAACUCAGUGAUGUCAGCCAACUCUCAAAACAAGGCCAGGCCUCAACCCAGCUCCAAGAGGACAGACUCAAAAACGGAUGUUCUCCAGAAGACAGACCUGGAAGAGAAGACUUCGGCGGCUGCCCUGCUUCACUGCAGCAAGUUGGACAAAGCCCCCGUGGCACAGAGGCCCUCCAGAGAUGAAGUGGAGACCUUUCAUCCAGACGCCACCUCGGUGGCAGGCAGCCAGCACAAGAGCAAGCAGGUGAUGGGGGUGCCCCGCCUGAUGAACCUGCCCCCCCACUUGCGCAAACCCACCUCACUCCAGCAGUGUGAAGUGGUCAUCCGCCAGCUGUGGAAUGCCAACCUCCUGCAGGCCCAAGAGCUGCAGCAUCUCAAGUCUCUCCUGGAAAGGACCCAGAAGUCAUCCCGGGCGGCCUCCAAGGAGGAGGCCCCGAGCUCUCCCAAUGACCAGGAAGCUAUGCAGCUCUCCAAGGUCCCCACCAAGGGUGUCUCUAGGAAAUGCCUGAUCCUGAGCCCGAUUCCCGUGUCAGAGCGCGCCGUCCUGCCCGCACUGAAGCAGACCCUGAAGAAUAACUUUGCAGAGCGGCAGAAAAGGCUGCAGGUGGUGCAGAGCCGGCGGCUGCACCGCUCCGUGCUCUGAGCGCCUGCCCUCAGCAGCCUGCACCGUGGUCCCCGCCAGGCCCAGGUCACAGCUGGGGACACUCACCCUCUCUAGGCAGCAUUCCAAAAAAAAAAAAAAAAAAUUCCACAUAAACCAAACUCACAGCAGAUAAAGUCCUUGGUCUGAGAACCGAAAAACGUUUAUUUUCUUGCUCAGUAUUUUGCUAUUCUGCAUUUACACAAGAGCGUGUUAAAAGUAUUACUUCACCUGUUGAAGAAUAAAGCUUGUUUCUCCCAGUCCUGAAUCUAGUCCCUCGCUGGCUGUCAGGCGCUGCUGCCCUGGGAGGCCCCCAGCUCUGCACCCUAUAAUGGGGUGCGGGGGAGAGGGCGCUGGCGGCCGCCCUGCAAACAAGCUUCGUGUGCACCCCUUAUUGGCUUCAGGGCCUUUCCUGCCUGAG